AUGAUCCAUCAUCUUGAAGAGGCAGCAAAGACAGAGACCCAGUCACCACCGCCACUAGUUGGGUACCUCUUCAUGUCACACGAAAGAAGUCUAGAAACCCAUCGGCUACUAGGGACUAUAUUACGUCAAGUAGUCGUCUCCAUGGGAGGCAUACCCGAUUGUGUCCAAAGGGCCUUCGAAGAGUCGACCAAAGGGGGGAGGAGAGGCAACAAGAGAUAUACUGAGCUUCAAUCGGAAGAUUGCAAAAGCUUGCUAUCACAAUUGACAGCAGGCAGAGCUCUAUUCAUUGUUGUGGAUGCAUUGGAUGAAUGUUUGUCGGACAUUCGCAACGACUUGAUGGAGCACUUGCAAGGUAUUUGUGGCGACAUCCGGAUCUUGGUUACUACCCGAUACUUCGAACGCUACACCAAGUUGUCCACGAAAUUUACAGAAUUGCAUCUUAAGGCGCACAAGGACGAUCUGCAUUCUUUUAUUGAUGAUGCUUUUCCCGGUGGCCCCGUGGGACCCGGGUCCGAUGGUAUCACUAUAGAGCGCGUCAAGAAAGAGGUCACAGCACGAUGCAAUGAUGUAUUUCUGCUUGCUGUGCUGCAGGUGAGAUGGUUAAGAAGCUGCCCCGAUUUCAGGAUCGCGCUUCAAGAGCUACCGGCCAGUGUUUCAGAGUGGUAUGCAAAAAUGAUAGAUCGACUCAAAAAAGAGAGCGUCGGAGAUCAUCACGAAACUGCAUUGAAGGUUCUAUCCUGGAUGUCAUAUGCACAACGACUACUCACAUUGGAAGAUAUCCGAUACGUGAUUCGCCAAGCCAAUAUGACCGACAAGGACCUGUCGUCAAUGUGCAUUGGAAGUAUUUACGUAGAUCUAGAUGGAAUCGUGAGAUUCAUUCACUACUCUGCUCUCGACUACUUCCAAGGCACAAGAGAGAAACACUUCCCAAAAUUUCAGGCGGAGAUAUGUGAAUUCUGCAUAGAAAAGUUCUUGGAAUGCAGCAGGAAAACAAUCGAAUGGUCUCGCGCUGUUACGGAACAUCCUUUCAUGGAUUAUGCAGCCAGAUUUCUGAAUCUUCAUCUCAAGCAACUGCGGUCCAAACCAGACGACGUGAAUGGUGAUCUCGAAAACAAAUUAGAAAGAUUCAUCAGGGACGAAUCAGCUCGGACCCUCUAUUACCAAGGCAUCCAGCAGACCAAGAUAUACCCAAUCAAGUCAGAGAUGCUGGAUGACCUGCAUUCAGCAGAUUACAGAGACGCUGAGAGACUCGAAUUCCACCCCCUUCACAUGGCCGUAUUUUUGGGGUACACAAAAGUCGUGAAAAAGCUGAUCGAUGGUUCGGCAGAUGUCAAUGAAUCCGAAAGUUAUGGUGAAACGCCAUUGUCCAUCGCUUUCAAAAGCGGAUUUCAUGACAUUGCCGGUAUUCUACUCGAUAAGAAGGCCCAUGUUGAUCUACAUACACGAAAAGGACACGCCAUUCUUCUCUUUGCCGCUCAAAAAGGUCUUGAGAAACACGUCGAAACCAUUAUCAGCCCCUACAGGGUCUCCAAUUUGCAGUUGUAUUUGGAGAGAGUCGAAGUCGAUAUUUUGUCAAUUUUUACAUUCCCUCUUAUUCUUGUUGCACACUUUUUCCCUUUGGUGAUGCUCGAGAUGAUUCUCAGAAUGCCGCCAAUUAAACCCCCUUUCAACGCUGUUUGCAGAGGAAAAGACAAACCUAUCUCUAAAUUAUGGAGCAGAAUCAUACCGAUCGCCUACGAUGAGGAUGCUGAUUUAUUGCUGAGGUGUAUUGGAGUUGGGGAGAUCGAAGAAAUGAUGAACGAAGCUCAGACGCCGAGCGAGCAUGGAAGCUCCAGAAGUAGCUCAGUUGCUGGAAAUGAGUCACUCAGCAUGUUUCAAAAGAUGAUGAAAAGGUGUCUCAGUAGCAGAAUCAUGGAGCAAGGCAGUGCUGGUAUCAGCGACGAUCCUUUUGAUGCGAAUGAGGAUGGUGACGAUGCCGAUGUGAUCAACGACACCGAUGAGAGCAGCGAUGAUCCUGAUGAAGCCAAUGAGAAUGGCGAGUGUGCCGAUGAGUUCGAGGAUAGCAACCGGUUCUACCGGAAACUUGAGAUCUAUGAGAGCACCGACGAUUCCGACGAUUCCGAUGAUACCUAUGAGAUUAGGAAAGAUCGCAAAAUUUCCAACGAUGACACUGGCUCCGGAGAUAUUGCUGCGACACCGCUGGAUUAUAUAAAAACUGCUUGUUUCCUUGCACUUGAACUUGGCAAAAUCAGAUCCGUUCAAGUUCUUUUACAAAGGGGACUAAACGCCAACACCAAGAAUGCACAAGGGCAACCCUUGCUACAUCGGGCAACAAAAAAUAACAAAGUUCCACUUGUGCGGUUACUUUUAGAAAGUGGUGCCAAGAUAGAUGCUGAAGAUGAAUACUUUAGAACGGCUCUCACUUCAAACGCAGGAGAUGAGAACUGUCUCGACGCUGUUGCAUUUCUCCUCGAAUCGAAUCCUCGACCCGAUCCCAUGCACAUGUCUCGUCGGACCUAUGAUUUUAUUAGCGAUAGCAAGGUCCACGAAAUUUAUCGAGCUGCCGUACUCGGAAACAAAGACAAGGUUGAAUUUUUCCUUAAACAACGAGUGCCUGCUUCUCUCACGAAUACCUUCGGUUGGGCACCUCUCCAUGGUGCAGCUGCGAACGGUCACAUUGAGAUUGUGAAGCUGCUCCUUGAUCACGGGGCAGACCCAUCGCCUAUUUCCGACACCAACUUGACGCCUCUAGAUUUCCUCAACAAUGAUCGCAGACAUUAUGACUGGCCUAUGUUGACGAAGGAUACAGAGCACUAUACCAGCAACACCUCAUUCGAAGACGCACCGUAUGGUCCGGACGAGAUAAGGCGGUGCAACGAAAUUAAGGAAAUAUUGGCUCAGAAUAAGCCCUCGGCAGGACAGACUGGGGAUGAAGUAUAUAGCCAGGGAAAGAAGUUUAAGCGCUACGAGGAGUUCCUACAGCUCACGGAAGAAACCUGA